GUGGAUUCCAAUAUGUCUGUGCUGGCUCUUGUAGUUGUCAAAAAAGGGGAAAAUGAAAUAGCAGGCCUCACUGAUGUCGUUGUUCCUCGUAGGUUAGGUCCAAAACGAGCUGGCAAAAUUCGGAAACUCUACAAUCUAUCCAAGGAAGAUGAUGUUCGUCGUCUAGUAGUUCGCCGCCCAUUACCAGCAAGAGACAGCAAAAAAGCAACGUCGAAGGCACCAAAAAUUCAACGACUUGUUACUCCAGUAGUUUUGCAAAGAAAACGUAGACGUAUUGCUUUGAAAAAGAAAAGGCAAUCUAUAUCAAAGGAAGCUGCAGCAAGCUAUGCCAAAUUGUUGGCGCAAAGGAAGAAGGAAUCUAAGGUUCGCCGCGAGGAAGCUAAACGAAAGCGAUCAGCAUCAAUUCGGGAAUCUAAAAGUUCAAUUUCAAGUGAUAAAAAGUAGUUGCAACUAAAACAGCAAUAAAACAUGUCACAUAAAUGCUAAA